CCGUUCCAUGUUAGAUUACCGAUAAGAUCUGGCAGACCUCGGUAACAUUCCACCCACUGGGGCUGACAUGUUUCCGAGAACUUCCAAUGCUUAAGGGAACAAGAAAAUUAGGAAAUUAGGACCGUGGUUACGUGUAUUGAUGCUAUUGGGAGUGUUUUUUGUUCACUCCAUUGAAAAUCAAAUAUCAGAAGUUGUGAGCAUUGUGAUGAAAAAAGAUCACGUAACGCUAUACAAUCCAAUCGAACUCUUAAAGAUUGGCAGACGCGGUCUAUAGCAAUUAAGUCAGACGGCCGCCAACAAUCGCCUUCAUUUGAAGUAUUCUUAUAUACUAAGUGGAGGACAGUUUGCUGAAACGUUUCCGGGCAAUUCAUUCCCACUUCAUCUAUGAAAAAAACCAACUUCUGUAGGUAAUAUUCGGGAAAUGGAUCCGCGGGUUCGUAAUAUUGCCAAAUGCUAAUGGAUUGAAGGAGCGAGACGAAAAGCGAUCCGAAAAAAAAAACCCACUUACACGGUGAUAAAUACCCCCUCACUUGACGGCAGACCUGAUAAUCAUCAGUUAGUAAACAAAACAUAUGAGGUAAGAUCUGAGUGGUGAAGCAGUUAAUGGAAAUGAUAUACACAGCACCGUAUAGACAUAUACUACUGGUAUGUACAGUGUGCAACAGGUAUCGGAGAACACCUGGAGUGUAUUCCUAGAGAAUGUAAGUAUAGAACAAUGACAGUAGAUGAAGGGGCAUGUUAACAUUUAUAUAGGAAAUGUUUAUGUGAACUGUAAUAAAUCCAGGGGCAAUAUGCGAGAUUUACAUAUGUGGCACUUUGAUCAUGAAUGUGCGCGGGUCAUACCUACAUGCGUAUAUACACAGACGAUGCUGGGGGUAGUUAGGUAGCCUUAAUUGAGGUCACAUGGCAAAUGACAAAGCUUUGACUGUACUUUUAAGGACAAAUAGUUUAGUUACAGACCAUAAUUGGGUUUAAUAUUUCUCAAUAAUCAUGUACAGCCAUUUUAACCAGGAAAUACCCUGUAUUGAUCGUACGUUCUAUCUGUUUAGGAACGCGUCCAUGGGCCUUUGAUUCCGUUUCUAGCAGUGGAUUGCCUCACUCGGCGGGUGACCGGGCGACUGGGAACAAGGAUUUUCAGCUUCCAGUCAAAUUACAACAACGAAUGAAAACUAUUCUCUGCUGGAUCAUGUAAGGAUAUAUUUGAAUGGAAACUGUUUCAUCCGCGAUAAUUUGAACAUAUUCCGAGGGACAUUGAUAGAGACAUUGCGGACUAUAUACAACACUGCCUGUACAAUGUGUAAACAGUUCUAGACAGACACGAUUGUUAAUGUACAAGUGUUUAGUAAUAUAAUCCUAUUUCGUAUCAAAAUAAUACAGGCAAUAUUUUAUUUACAUUUUAUCUUGGUGUAUAAACCAUUAUCUUUCAUUAUUCACUAUGACAGUUGGAGAUUAUCAGGAUUUUCAAACAGACUCUGGGAAUACCAGUAAAAAUAUUACUGUUCAUCUCAACAGAAACUUUGAAAACGAAACAUGCCUACCUCACGCAUACCCCUUUGCGUUUGGUGUAUACGGGGUUCUUUGUCCGAUCAUAUUCGGUGUGACGCUUAUCACAAACAUCCUGGUUAUUGCGGUGUUUGCCCGGAAGAAGAUGCGAUCCCCAACAACUAUACUUUUGAUCGCCCUUGCUAUGAGCGACACCUUUUCUGCCGGAGUAAUUAGUUAUAUAUAUGUGUAUAUCUAUGGACUAGGGUCAUGCGGACACUCCCAUGGAUUAUCCAAUGUGUUAUUUUUACGACUACUUGUCUCAUCUAAGCUCUCUAUUCCACACAGCCUCUGUUUGGAUUACCACGUGUUUAGGGAUCCAACGCUACAUUGUAUCGCGCACCCCUUCGUGGGGCCAAGAUUAUGUACCAUUCGGGUGUCCUUCUUCAGCGUGUUAGGGAGUCUAUUUCUCGCAGCCGCAAUGUACACGCCGAGAUUUCUCUACACCAACUACGAUUACGUGCGGGUCGUUGAUGAAAACGGAUUUACACAAGACCUGUGCCUUUGUCAUGAUAAUCCGGACAUAUCGGAAAAAUACGAACGAGUUGUAAAUAUCUUUCGGUGUGCCCUUGGUCAGCUGGUGCCUUGUACUCUUUUGAUAGUGACAACAUUUCUUCUCGUCCGGAAGUUGAAGACGGAAUCAAAGCGGAUAUUACUUUUACAUGCACACGAAGAAAACGAACGGGAACGCCGAGACUUCCGGCAAAUCAAACGAACCUCUCAAAUGAUUAUUAUCCUUGUGAUAAUGUUCAUAUUAGUAGAACUUCCGAAUGGAAUGGUAUUCGCCAUCUUGUUUUAUGAUAACACAUUAUUUAGCAGCUUGACUACUUUAUAUCUUGCAGUCAUCCUCAAUGUACUAGUGUACGUUAGUUUUCUUGUAAACUUUUGGAUUUAUGUUUGUCUUAGUGCACAAUUUAGAAAAUCCCUCAACGAUUUACUGCAAUUCCGCAAAUGUUUCAAGAAAUUUUCAAUGAAACGAAUGGAAAAAUCUACGACGACGACUUUGGAUUUCGACUGAUUAGUAUAGUGUAAAAGAGCGAACAACGUAAACAGGUGAUUUUAACAUUGUUUAUUGUCAUGGUAGCAGUACAAAUAAUUCUAACACCUAUUAAAUCUAAUUGAGAAUGAGUUUCGGAUUAUAUAUUCCGUAACGGAUUAAAACGAUUCCGGUGUAUCAGGUUUGUACAAUAUGUGUUCAGUCGGUGAAGGUAUUGUAAUCGUGAUCAUUGUGAACAAGGAAAUGUACAGUAGGGCACAUAUAUAUAGUUCAAUAUAUAUAUACACGUGUUCAACACCCCAAAUGAUCAGGUUGUAUGUGUUUAGAUUGAAAAUAAACAAUUCUUUCACAAAUGUGUAAAUGUGAAACUUUUGAAUGUAUAUUGUCAGUUUUCUUGUGAACAUGUUUCAAAUGUAUAUUUUAUUGUGUUGUGCCGUUAUUACCACACUAGGGAACAUAUUGUUUCGAAUUUAAUCAAGCUAAGAAGCGUUCGCGUUAGAGGAAUUGUUAUCGAUAUUAUGCUUGUUUUACUUCGAAUGAGUAUGCUUUUUAGAUUUAUUAAAAUCAAGAUAACGAAAUCCCAUUUUACCGGAAAUAUAGUAUGCUCUUUUUGAAGUGUCGCUGAGGAUGGAGCCCCGUUAUAACUACAAACACGCUUGUUUCAGAGUAUUGCUGCUGACAUUUGUUUUCUCCCUGUAGACAAAGUCUCGUACGGUUACAGUGUACUCUUGUUUAUAAUUUUCACUUGUGAAAUCCCAAGUGUUGUAAAAACGAUUAUUUCUAAUUGAAACCAGAGUACGGACUAGCAUGUUACAAAUUACCACUACUAACGAAAAUGUUCCUCCAUUAUAUAACUACCAUGCGGGCAUUAAGGUUUCGCUGAUGACGAAAUCCCUCCUUCUACCGAUAAUUGUAUUACACAAUUUUGAUUAAUGACAUAUAGUACGAAUGAUCAAUAAUGACGAUUCUUUAUUUAAGCGAUUAAUUAUCUUAUGCGCUUUUCAUGAUUUUUUGAUGAUAACGAAAAUCUAUUUUACGACGGAUGGUUUAACAGCAGAAGUUUUAAUAUAACUAGGUCCAGAUUUGUAUACCUACAAAUGUAUUAAGCAUUCUCAAUUGUGAUGAGGUCCUUUAUUUCUCCUGAUAUAAAUACGUUGAGAAUUAGUGAUCUGUCCAUCUCAAAUUUUCCUAAAAAUGGCUAAGCAAAACUGAACCCCUCGACGUUUCCAGGGUUCGUCUGAUUUUAUAAUUGGCUGAAGAUAUUGAUAUAGAACCAAUCACUGUACAAUAUGCUCACGGCCAUGGCUGGCGUGACGGUAUUAGACCGAUAGAUUUUGCCUAGUUAGACUGAUAAUAAUUAUAUACGGAAUUUUAAUCACAGUGUUUGAAUCAUUAAACAUAAUUUUAAACAAAUGGUGGAUAUUUAGGGCCGCGAGAUAAAUUGUUAUCUUUUUAUACAGCAUCACAUAAUAAUUCCGGAAAAUAUCUAUGAAUAUUCCAUUGUCGAGAUAGUCAUUAGUAUAAACUAAUUACAUGGAACAUGUUUUGUAUAUUUAGGAAAAGUGGUGUUGACAUACAUGUAGACUAGAAAAAAUAGUUCGCUUUGACGAGGAAGAAUAAUUUCAACAGAAAUACUAAUGGAUUGAUGAAGUUGAUUUCAUGUCUACCAAUUUCCGAAAUCACUUUUAAUGAACGAAUCUCUUUCAUGUAACAGCAUGCUAGGUUCUAUCAAUCUACUUGCUACUGUUGUAAAUGACAUAUAGGAAAUCAUGAUGACGAUAUCAGAACUCCCAUAUUGACGUAUGUGUAGAAUAUGCACUUUUCAGCCGCUCCCAACGCGCAGCUGGACUUACGACAUAUCGGAAUAAAUGGUGACAACAGCUGUUACAACUUGGGAUAUACAUGUAUGUAUGUUAUAUGUCACUGUAUGUGCACAUGUAUGUGUGUUAUACGUCACUGUGCACAUGUAUGUGUGUUAUACGUCACUGUGUACAUUUAUGUGUGUUAUACGUCACUGUGCUCAUGUAUGUGUUAUACGUCACUGUGCACAUCUAUGUGUUAUACGUCACUGUGCUUAUGCAUGUGUUAUACGUCACUGUAUUCAUGUAUGUGUGUUAUACGUCACUGUGCACAUCUAUGUGUUAUACGUCACUGUGCUUAUGCAUGUGUUAUACGUCACUGUAUUCAUGUAUGUGUGUUAUACGUCACUGUGCACAUGUAUGUGUGUUAUACGUCUGUGUGCACAUGUAUGUGUGUUAUACGUCACUCUGCACUUUUAUGUGUUAUACGUCACUGCAUCUGUAUAUGUAUUAUGUGUCACUAUGUGCACAUGUAUGUGUGUUAUGGGUUAAUGUGUGCGCAGGUAUGUGUGUUAUGUGUUACUGCGCACAUGUAUGCGUCACCGUGUGCACAUGUAUGUGUGUUAUGCGUCACUGGGUGCACAUGUAUGUGUGUGUCACUGCGUGCACAAGUAUGUGUGUUAUGUGUAACUACAUUAUACGUGUACAUGGAAUGCUUGAAUAAAAUCAUACAAGUAUGUAUCUCCUG